AUGCCUCGUGAUAGUCAGUUGCUUCCUAUCAACGGUGGCCUCAUCGAAGGCAACUACACGUUAUUGUCAUCGACAUGUGUCUUCUACUAUGACUAUCUGCUCACAUUCCCUACUGAAGUGCGAGUCUUUUGGAGGCGCCAGUGGAACCUCGCCACGAUCUACUAUUUCUUGAUCCGCUAUGGAUUUCUUGUGAACAUUACUCUUGUCGCUAUCUCUAGUAUUCGCUUCACCCCGAACUCAGGACCUGUGCUAUCAGCAUCGAGCUGCGGUGCCUUCUUGUACGUUGCAGUCGCACUUGGCCUUCUGAACUACGCCGUCGUCUCCGCGUUCGUGGCUACGCGCAUGUAUGCCCUCUGGAAUUGCAAUGUCCGAGUCGCUAUAUGCCUAUUUCUCCUCGGGUUGAUCAACCCCAACGCUAUGACACCCACUCUGAUAUACCAGAUGCGAAUAGUAAUGUCUCCCUGGCCUGUAUGGGGAUGUGAAAGCUACAUCCAGGAUUAUGAUGACGAUUUCAUAGAAUUUGCGACACAAACGCUCCCCAUCAUCGUAUCUUCAAUCGGCAUCGCGUACGAGCUGUUAUGCCUUCUCUUGACCGCGCACAAGACCUGGAGCUUCUACCUCUCCCGCCGAAGGUCCGGCAGUCCUACCACUUUGGCAUCCUUGCUGCUCCGCGAUGGAUCUCUCUAUUUUGUCGUCAUGGCCGCGCUGUCCUUGGUGAAUAUCGUCGCUGCCGUUAUUCCCGGCACUCCCGCGAACGUGCAGGUCAACGCAGUCUUCGGCAGAGCGCUGACUCCAAUUCUCACCGCGCGUUUCAUCGCUCAUUUGCAAGAGGUCGACAGAGGCGACAGGCACGAUACAACGUUGCUCGAGCCUGACGCUGUGCUCGAUGCUCCGAGCCAUCGGCGACGCUCUCCCAUGGUCCGCCUAUUCACAUCUAUUGGUGGUAGUAUAGGGUACCCUGACCACGAUAAUGUCGAUGAUUGGCACACAUAA